UAAUCCUAGUGCAUAAAGUAAUCCCUUGUUAAGAUUAUAAAUGCUUCAAUAUUGCAUCAACCUUUCCAUUAAACUUACCCAGAUCGCAUAAGUUUUUGGAAGAAAGGCAAACUUUGUAUUACUGGAAUGAGGACUGGGUACUUGGUUUGUUUGUCUUUGGGGAUUUGCCUUCUACUUCAAGUUCAACAUGCUCAUGCCAAAGAAAAUAAAACGGACCCAACGGAUAAUGUAAAUCUGACCCCAUUCCGGGCUUGGAGAAGUGCUUAUUACUGCUUGCAGAGAAAAGCCCCUGCUAAUUGCACAGCAUUUGAGACGGUUUCUCUGACAGACAGAGGACUAAUAGAUGUGAUCCCAAGUGGGAUAGGAGAAUACUGCAGUGCAGACACAGGGUGUGCACAACACGUCUUGGAUGUGCUUAAAUGCAUCUACCUUUGCAAACGAGACUUCUGGUUUGCCAAUAACGCCACCGUUUCAGUGCUCAAUCAAACCAUUCAUGAUGGGUGCUCCAACAAAAAAAGUAUAUCGACACUGAAUCAGAAUUAUAAAAAGAGCAGUGGGAUGAAGGUGCAGCAGAAGAUUUAUAUACCAUUUGUUGCAUCACUAUCAACCUUGGCAUUCAUAGCCAUCUUCAACAUGUGAAACGCUUUGCACUUGCUGUGUGAAUGUGUGAUAACCGGGACAAUAUGCUAGUAUAUUUAUGGGCUUAGGCUUAAUCAUCUAGAGUGCUAUAAUUGAAAUUAUCAAUAAGAUCAACAGUUUCAUUACACUGCAAGCAUGCGAGUCGAUCACACACUUAUCUUUGUUUGCACCUAUCUUAAUUGUAAUAUUUUGUAAUAGUCGUGAUUAUAUAUGUAACAAAAAGCAGAAUUAUCUACAGAUC